AUGGAUGGGAACUUCUGGCCCGGUCAGCCUGGAGGAGGGGCCCCCAUGUGGCCCGGACAGGCCACCCAGCCCCAACCCUGCUGGCCUGGGCAACCCAACGCACCCUGCUGGCCUGGUAUACAACCAGCCCCAGCCCCGGCCCCGGCCCCAGCCCCAGCACCAGCUCCUGUUCCAGACCCUGCCCCAGCCCCUUCCCCAGCGCCAGCCUCAUCCCCAUACCAACCCUGCCAACCGUGCUGGCCAGGACUCCAGCCUUCCCAGGUCCUGCCCCCGGCUCCAGCCCCCCAGGUGCUGCCCCCGGCUCCAGCUCCAGCCACCGGACAGCCUGGAGUCCCAGGAUGGCCUGUGAAUCCAAGUCAGGGUGGAUGGCCCUACAACCCCGGUCAGUCUGGCUGGCCAGCUCAGAACCCCGCCGUCUCACCUCCACAGUGGCCUGUGCAGCCUGCACCAGGCGCGGUGAUGGUGCCUUACAACCUGAAUCUGAUGAGAGGUGUGUACGACAAGAUGAUGAUGACCAUCAGGGGCCAGGUCAAGCCAGAUGCCAGGAUGUUCACGGUGAACUUCCUGCGUGGUAACGACAUCGCCCUGCACAUCAACCCUCGCUUCAACGACGCAGGCAGGCCGACGCUGGUGAGGAACAGUAAGGUGGGCGAGCGCUGGGGCAAGGAGGAGAGAGACCUCCAGUCCACCUUCCCCUUCGCCCCCGGACAGCCCUUUGAGAUGAAGAUCCUGUGCACGUAUAACGAGUUCAAGGUGGCGGUGAACAACAGCCCGCUGUUCGAGUUCAGGCACCGUGUCCGAGAGCUCAACCAGGUCAACCGCAUCAACAUCCUACACGACAUCAACCUCACCUACGUCAACGUGGACACGUUACCAUAGGCAACGCCCUUGUGACAUCAUAGCCUUCCAUGCAAUCGAUGAAACUGAAGGAUUGCCGCUCAUGCAUGCACACAUAUAAUUACUGUAUGACCGGUAAAGAUCAGAUACAGUACCGGUAUAUCUGCUGACAUUGAGCUGUGCUCGAUCUACAAGAAGUUCCACCUCACUCAAAGAUCAUACUACAAUCCCAUAAUCACUGUGUGGAAAUAUGUUUACUUUACCGGGCUUGUAUUUCUGUACUAGGAAUACCAUAAAAUAAUGCAUUGCCUUGUCUUUUAACACAUUUAAGUCAUUGUUGUUCUAAAAUAUUUUGUGUUGUUUGCUAAUACAUGUACAUAACCCCAAGAACAAGCAUUGGAUGGGAUUAAACACCCUCUAAAGAUAGCCAUCUGAAU